AUGCAAUAUUUUGAAGUUGCUAUGAACAAGGAAAAGCAAAAUAAGAAAGUUACAAGCAUCGAACGAACGGAAUCAACGCCAUCAGAUUUGGCAUUUUCUGAUUCAGAAAUUUACCAUGGAAGUCAUCAAGAUUACGCAGAUGAAAAUAUAAUACUGUGCAGUAUUUUUAAACAAACAUUACUACCGUUUUUGAUCGCCGGUUUUGGUCAAAUCUGUUCUGGAUUAUUUUUUGAGCGGGCCCAACACUGGUCAUUCUUUUUGCAGGUACCUGAGGUUUUCGUACUGGUACCCGCUUUAUUAGGCCUAAAAGGCAAUCUUGAGAAUACAUACGCUUCCAGAUUUUGCACUAUGAGCAACGCAGGCCUAACAGACAAGUGGGAAGAAGUGUUUGUAAUUGUUCGCUUCAAUUUAUUUCUUAUUCAGUUGCAAUCAAUUGUAUUAUCUCUUGUUGCAAGUGUGUUGAGCAUAGCAGUUAGCUUAAUCAACUGCGAUUUAAAACAAUCUCAUGCUUGGGUAAUAAUAUCAAGUGGUAUGUAUACUGCAGUGUUAUCUUCAUUUGUAGUUGGCUUCAUGAUGGUGAUUACAGUAACUUGUAUACGUCGAAGAGGAAUUGAUCCUGAUAAUAUUGCCGCUCCUCUUACAGCAAGCUUCAGUGAUUUUAUUACUUUAAUUAUACUGAUUGGUACAGGAAUGUUGGUGAUUUAUUUUUCCUCUCAAAACUUGCAUAUAUUUGCUAUUUUGUCGAUAUUACUUUUACUUUGUAUGGUACCAUUUCUGGCUUAUGGUGCCUCAAAAGAAACUCAUACGAGGGAAAUUCUAAAGAAGGGUUGGUUCGCACAAAUUGCUGCCAUAUUGGUCGGAUGCUUCAGUGGCAUCUUACUUCAAUCAGCAGUUAUUAUUUUCCCAGGCAUUGCUGCCCUUCACCCACUAAUCACAGGACUUGGUGGAAAUCGAGUAAGCGUACAGUGCAGUCGUCUUAGCACAGCCUUGCAUUUAUCGCUUAUUGGGCUCGGUAAUCUUCCAGCUGGGACAACUAUAUGGACUUAUUUAAAUCCCAUGCGUUUUUUUUGCCUUCAACAUUUAGAUUCCAAAGUGGCACUACUGUUGAUAGUUACAGCAAUUCCGUAUAAUUUUUUAUUUGUAAUUAUUGUUAUCUUCACAGCCAAAAAUGUUGAUUUCAGUUGGAUCUUAGUUGGAACAUACAUUGCUGUCGCUUUUAUCCAAGCUGUGGUAUUGUUUUACUUUUGUCAAGUGACGGUUUACUGGUUGUGGUGGUGUCGAAUGGAUCCAGAUAAUAACUCGAUACCUCUAUUGACCUCUGUUGGUGACCUUCUUGGCAUUGGUUUACUUUACUCUUUGUUCAUUUUGCUGAAUAACUUUGCUCCAUCAACUAUUCGCUAUGAACGCUUUAAAACAAUGAACCAAACACGGAAGUGUGGCACUGAUUUUUGA